AUGUUAAUAAAUAGGUAUUUUUGUCCGGUAAAUACUCAACGACUGUUGACAAAGAUUCGAAUUUCUAAUAAUCUCCGUCGGUUAAUUUCAUUUUCAUCAAUAGAUACAUCGUCAGAUCUGACUCGUCCCAAAUAUGAAAUCGAUUUACCAGGGGUUGAAAAUUACGGAUUUGAAGGUGAAUCUUCAUUUAUGAGAUGUAAACAUGGAGCUGUUGCAUCGGAUUCUGAAGAAGCAUCUAAAGUUGGAAGACGUAUUUUAAAUCUGGGUGGUUCUGCUGUUGAUGCAGCAAUUGCAGUUCUUCUUUGUGUUGGUGUACAUAAUUGUCAUUCGACUGGUAUUGGCGGCGGAUUUCUUAUGAAUAUUUAUGAUGUUACAAAACAAGAAUGCAUAGCUAUUGAUGCACGAGAAGCAGCACCAUCGAGUGCUCAUCAAAGAAUGUUUGUUGAUGGAAAUCCACCACCAUCCUCUGUAUCAGGCGGCUUAUCAAUUGGUAUUCCAGGUGAAAUAGCUGGUUUUUGGAAAGCUCAUAAAAGAUAUGGAAAAUUACCAUGGUCAGCUUUGUUUAAACCAGCUAUUGAUAUGUGUAAUGAAGGUUUUACUAUAAAAAAAGCUCUUGCUUUCAGUAUUCUCAAAAAUAAAGAAAAACUAUGGGCGGAUAAAUCAAUGAGGCGCGUAUUUUUUAAAGGUGAUUCAAAACUUGUCUAUGGAUCAGGUGAUACAAUUUAUCGACCACUUCUUGGUCAAACACUUUCUAUAGUUGCUGAAAAAGGACCAAGUGCAUUUUAUGAAGGCGAAUUAUCCGAUGCUAUUUGUGAAGAAAUCCGAUCAAAUGGUGGCAUUAUUAAUCGACAAGAUCUAGAAAUCUAUCAUGCUCGAGUAAAACCAGCUAUUAGUGUUUCGUUAGAAAGUAAUUUAACAGUUUAUGGAGUACCACCACCGGCUAGUUCAGCUAUAACUCUUCUUAUUCUUAAAGUAAUGGACGGUUAUGGUUUAACACCACAAUCAUUAGAUACGAUUGACAAACAAGUGAGAUUCUAUCACAUUCUCAAUGAAGUAUUUAAAUUUGCUUACGCAAAACGAUCAGCAUUGGGUGAUGAGUAUGAUUCACAAACAGAUAAAAAUCAAAAUAUUGAAAAAUUACUCGAUUUAAUUUUAUCUCCUGCAUAUGCUGAAGAAGUCCGUAAACGAGUCAAUGAAUACAGAAGUCAACCACUUGAUUAUUAUGAACCAAAGUUUGAAACUCAAACAGAUCAUGGAACUAGUCAUUGUUCAAUCAUUGAUACUGAAGGGAAUGCUGUUGCAGCUACAAGUACCAUAAAUACAGAUUUUGGUGCUGUUGUUUAUGGACAUAAUACUGGUAUUAUUUAUAAUAAUCAAAUGGAUGAUUUUUCUCAACCUGGCUUAGAAAAUUACUAUGGCUAUGCACCGAGCCCAGCAAAUUUUAUUAAACCUUUUAAACGUCCAAUGUCAUCUAUGAGUCCAAUCCUUGUCACAAACUCGAAUGGUCAAGUUAUCUUUACAGCUGGUGGUUCUGGUGGUAGUCGAAUAAUCUCGUCUGUUGCUCAAGUAGCUAUUUAUAAUCUAUGGCUUGGUAAAAGUAUCCGCGAUGCUGUUGAUAUGCCUCGAUUACAUCAACAACUUAUUCCAAUGGAAGUUGAAUUAGAAAAACGUUUUCCUGUUAAUGUUGUUCACGGGCUUCUAGUAAAAGGUCAUACGAUAUCAGGUUUUCGUGGUGGAUGCGUUGUUCAAGCAAUUGAACGUCGUCACUCGAACGAAUUAUGGGCUGUAAGUGAUGCUCGAAAAGGUGGUGCGCCUGAUGGUCUUGGUUAUAAAAAUAUUACAAAAAGCUUUCAAAACUGGUUCCGUCGAACAUUUAAACGAAGUAAAGAACAAAAAUUACUCGAACACGAAAUUCAAAGAGGACGAUCAUUAACACCGCGAUGA